UGUUUAUUGUUUGAAAUUGUAAGGAUGGUUUGGCUUAUGGACGAUGUCUACGACGUGCAACACCGGUCCUACAUGAUGCGUGAGAAGGAUAAGAAGCUUGAACCUCUGAAGAUUCGGUAUCACGGGGUCUCUGGUCCUGCCAUGCCUUACGACGAGCGGUACACACCGUACAUCAAGCAGGCAGGACUACUCCCGUGGAUUCUGUUGGUCAGCCAGUCCACGCCGAAUCUGAACGCUCCACUGGUGUCCGCUCUUGUUGAUCGAUGGAGGCCGGAGACGCACGGUUUCCAUCUUCGUACUGGGGAGAUGACCGUGACGCUCGAGGAUGUCUUGUUGAUCACCGGUCUUGCUAUCGACGGGAGGCCUCUCUGUAUGAGCACCGAUUCUGAUGGGUGGCGCGAGCAGAUGAUUGCUCUUAUCGGUAUGGCUUGUACCGAGGCUGAGGCUGAUGUAGAGGAGGGAGAAGAGAAGAAGAAGAGGGAAAGGAAAGCAGCCGGAGCUGCUUUCACGUGGAUUCAAAAUAACUUUGCGACGUGCCCUCCGGAUGCCACUGAUGAUGUGAUCCAGACACAUGCUCGUGUGUAUAUGUGGUACGUUGUGUCUAGGACUUUGUUUCCUGACUCCACUGGCAAGAACGCUCCAUGGAUGUGGCUGAAGGCGUUGACCGUCUUCGAUAGCAAAUGGAGCUGUGGUUCAGCGACUCUUGCCUACUUGUACCGGCAGAUAAGGAUCUCUGGCUUAUGCGGUGCCCAUUGA